CGUUGCCCUGGGUCAAGAAAGAACUUUAUUUUACUACUCAAAGGGCAUGACUUAUUCAAUGGACGGGUUGGAAGCUGGAUUUUUGCCACUGAGUGAAAAUUGCCAAAAACCUCGUUCAACAGAAAAAUGGAAGCAAUUAAUAGAUGAUGAAACCUCACGGAAUGAAUCCUGUGUUUACAUCAAAGAUUCGUAUGAUUACAACAGCAUCUACAGACCACAAGCUGUUCCUUCUAACUUGCUGCCGGUGAUUGAGAAAUUUCACAGCCACCCAUUUUUGUGGUUUGCAAGUCAAGUAGUCUGGUACAUCACACGGCCAAAUAUUAUGAUGAAGAACAGACUUACAAUCAUGGAGGAAAAAGUUAAUUUUCAACUGCCUAUUGUUGGAAUACAUGUUCGCCGAUCAGACAAGCUCAGCUCUGAGGAGGAACAUACAGUUUUUCAACCAUUGAGUGCGUACAUGAAACCUGUAAUAGAUUGGUAUGAUAGAUAUGAAAUGAGGCAAAUGAGAGAUGAGAUUGAUGUUAAGGUAAAGAGACGAAUAUAUCUUGCAAUGGAUGACCCAACAGUUUGGGAAGAAACCAAAAGCUUUCCGGAGUUUGAGUUUUUUGGAAAUAAAUCAUUUGCAGUAAGAUCAAACAAAAUUAAGCAUCGCAGAUCAACUGAAGGAUUUUUUGAAGUUAUAACUGAUGUAAACAUGCUUGCCAAGUGUAAUUACAUUGUUGGGACAUUAUCUUCUGAGCUGAGUCGACUGGCAUAUGAACUGAUGCAGACUUAUCAUGUUGAUGCAACAGAUAAAUUCUACUCGCUUGACAUAGAAUAUGGAAUUGACGACCAAUAUUUGAUGGAAUACAUGUCUCAAUUCAAUCACACACACAGUUCGUUCGCAGAAAUGGAACUGCAAGUUGGGGACAUGGUUAAAGUGGAGGGGCUAAUGUCUGACAGCCAAUAUGUUUUUGGUGAGAACCAACGUACAAAUGCUACUGGUCUUGUUCCUGUUUUCAAAUUGAAGCGAAAAAAUCAGGCAAUAGUUUACCCAAGCUUUUUUAAUAGUUUCUCUGAUACAACUGUUUAGUUUGGAGAAUGCAAUACUGGUGUGAGUAAUAUAUAGUAUGGUGAGGAGGAUGGAACAGCCUUUUAUUCCAUUUUCUUGUCCCAUAUAGUAGUAAACAAAGAACAUUCAUUAAAUUAUAAAACUGUAUGCUCGUACACCUAUAGACGGUUGUUAAUUGUUUAAAAGAUGAUCAAGUUAUGGGGAAAUUAUGUGCUAAAAUGUGCCGUCUUCCUUCACCCUACCGCAACUCUAGGUAACUGAAUUACUAGAGUUGUUGCAUAAUGGUAUGUACCAAAGCAUUGAUAAUAUAUGUUAUAUGGAAAUAUUAAGGUUAAGAGGUACUUUAUGUGCAUUAAGAGAAACAGUUUUCUAUUUCUGUGAAUGUUCUGUUUUUAAAAUGUAAAAUGAUUGCUUUUUGUACCGUUGUGUUUUAAAUAUUUUGUUUUAUAUCACGGGCGUGUUAUAUUGCGUUUUAUGUAUCUUGGCGUUUUGCCCCGUUUCGUAGCCUUGUCCCUUGUUGUAUGUUGCCGAAUAAAGAAUUAUAGCGGCAUACCAAUAACAAAUGAUAAAGUUGUAUAUAGAUAGAGAUGCUCAAAAAAUGUAAUUUAUAACUACCACCAAAUAUUCAAAAAACAAAAAAAAAUAUUUAUAAAUAAUCUCUAUGGAAUUGGUAUUUGUUCCAAGGAUCGAUACUACGUACUCAAAAUAAAUAUAUAAAGCAACUAAC